AUGUCAUUCACGGUACAGGCUCCUCGAGACGACCGUGAAAAACGAAGACUCGAUGAGAAACACUUGAAGAUUUUGCAAGAGUUGCUCAAACAAGAAUGUAACCAAAAUUGUGCUGAUUGUGGUCAGAGAGGUCCACGUUGGGCUUCCGCUAAUAUCGGUUGCUUCUUGUGUAUUCGUUGUGGGGGCUUGCACAGGAAAUUGGGUACUCAUAUCUCAAAGAUCAAGUCUAUCACUCUGGACUCGUGGACUCCGGAGCAGAUUCAGGUUAUGACUGAAAUGGGCAAUCAGCGUGUAAAUGCAAAGUAUCUCGCUAAUGGUGCCAAUAUCAUUCCACCUGCGACUAGCGACAGUGAUAUGGAAACUCUCAUCCGUAACAAAUAUGAACGUAUGGCUUACAUGAACUCGAAUGGCGCAAGAGCUCCAGUUGAAAACAACAAUGCCGCAUCUGCAGACAUCGCCAGAUUUGCUCCUCACUUGCAAGCUUUGGCUCAAAUGGGAUUCACUGAUAGAGAACGCGCUAUGGCAGCUUUACGUGCAGCAAAUGGACAAUUAGGUCCUGCUGCUGAAAUGCUGGCCAACAAUCGUGCAGCUACUCCAUUGACCAAUAAUCGUACUGGUGGUUCUUCUUCUGGUCAGGCUGCUGCACCCAUGGCGAUUGCUAGAACUGGAAAUGGAAGAGUCGCUGAUCCUCUCCUUCGUUCCGCAUUGGAACAACUCUUUUCUCUUGGUUUCACCGAUGAAGAUUUGUGUUUGGAAGCUAUUCGUAGAGCCAAUGGAAAUCUCGAACAAGCUGCUAACUUGCUUUUGGAUGUACGAAGACGUCGAUCGUCUGCUGGUCCUCAGCAACACCAAAUUCAACAACAGUUGCAGCAACAACAACAACUUGCUCAACAACAAAAGGUGUUUGGUGGCCAAGGAGCUCGCACUCAACAACAAACUAUUAAUGAGAAUGAUGCCUCUUUCAUGAUUGAUCCUCCUGGCCAAAACAAUCGUCGUGGAAACCGAGCUCAGCAAUUGCACAACCAACACACAGGCGGUAAUGGUGGUCAGCAAGCUCUCAGACCUCAACAUACUGGGGGUAGCACUACCUCGUCCAAUGGUGGAGCCUUGUUGGAUCUCCUUGGCUUGGAUGAACCUAUUGCUCAACCAAACUAUCAACAACAGCAGUACCAGCAACAACAACAACUGUUGCAACAACAAUACCAGCAGCAGCUGUACCAGCAACAGCAACUCAUGCAACAGCAAUUGCAACAACAAGGGUUUGCUCAACAACAACAAACUCCAUUCCAACAAGGUGGUCAACAGCAACAAGCGCAGCCCUUCCAACAGCAGCAACAAACCCAGGCUGCAAACCAACCAAGAGGCAACGGCAAAGAUAACAUUCUUGCCCUUUUCAACUCGGCCGCUACACCUAAUGGAGGUGCAGCUGUCGUGCAAAACGGACAACUACAACAAGCUGGUGCCUUCAAUCCAUUCGCUGCAGCUGCUACCUCUCAACAACAACAACAGGGUUACAAUGGCGCUCAAGCACAACCAGGAUUUAAUGGAGCUGCUCAACAAAUGCCUUUUGGCGCUCAACAACCACAACAGCAACAAGCAUUUGGUGGUCAACAACAACCACAACAACAAGUAGCUGCUCCUAAUGGUGCAUUUGGUAUUCCACCCCAAGUUUCUCAGACCAAUAUAUUCGCUGCUCAACAGCAACAACAAGUACAAGCUCAAGGUCAAAACAAUGGAUUUGGCCAACCUCAACAGCAACAAGCUAGUACAUUUGCAGCUACUCAACAGCAACAAGCCAAUGGAUUCGGUGCUCAAGGACAACCUCAACAGCCGUUUGGCGGUCAAAGACCAAACCCUGUAGCACAAACUCAACCUCAACAACAGCAACAACCUGCCGUUAAUCCAUUUGCAAACUUCCAAAACGCACCAAAUCCAUUUGGUGCUAAUGGUGCUGCUGCUCAGUCCUUGCCAUAUGGUGCUGUUGUCCAACAACAACAACAAGCUGCUUUUGGAGGUCAACAAACUCCAGGUCAAUAUAACAAUGCCAGUAACACUGCUGCCCAACAACAGCAACAACCACAGUUCGGAGGUCAACAACCACAACAACACAGCUUUGGUGGACAAGCUGGUCAAUUCAAUGGCGCUGGUCAGCAACAACAACCAGGACAGAACCUUGCUAAUCAACAGCCAGGACAGAACUUUGCUACCGAGCAACAAGGUGUCCGUGCAUUCGGGCAAGUAGCCACUCCUGCACAGAAUGCUUCAUCCAAUUACGCAUACGCACCAGCCAAUCCAUUUGGUGGAAACGGAGGUGUUCAGAACAGCAUGGCAAACGUACCACGUGGUCUCCCCAACGGAUUCAAUGGCCAACCAGUCAACGCUCUUGAUCUGAAUGGACCUAGUGUAUUUGCUCCCUUGAUGCACGGAAGUCAACAGCAACAAGGAAUGCAACAGCACCAACAGCAACAACAACCUCAACAGCCCAACUUUGCUCGUGCCAUGGAUGCAAACUUCAAACCUGGCCAGAACAUUGCUGGAUAUAAUGGAAAUCCAUUCAGUCUUUAA